UCACAACGCACAGAACUCGUUUGACUCAGCGUUUAAUUGAACGAAUUCCAGCAGCAAUCUUUACUGAGGUGCUUCAAUAUUUCAACCAACACACUGCACGAUUUGAACAAGCAUAUGCCGGCGUGAAUUCGCACGCAUAGUACAGCAACCGUCUAGAUCUGUCCCUGCAAUGCUAGUGAAUUCGCUACCCUUUUAUAUCUGGCUGUCACUUGAAGGCCCAACCUUUCCAAUACUGUCCCAAGUGGACUCCACUACCACUUGCCAGUCACCGCAUUGGAUUCAUGCCGGUCGACCUCGAAACUAUGUAUUACAUCGUACGCGAAGUGGACGAGCGAGAUCCUGCACAAGUGCCAGAUAAUAUUGUGAGACCAAAUAACGUUCCUGGUCGUGGACGUUGCUUGUCAUAUCGUGUUUUCAGACAGCAAGAUCCUGAGCUGCUUGAAGGCUUCUGGGAGUCGCUAUUUAAUAUCGGUCACGUAGAGUCGCGACGUUGCCGAUACGCAGUCGAAGGUCAAGGUGUUGUGCCCCCAGAAGACUGCGAGCUCAAACUCUUCAGUAACACAUUCGAAACGGAUGGUGUCGCCAUUGUGUUCCAUUUUCGCAGGCCUGUGACAACGCGGCGUGGAGAGUAUAUGCCUUCUAGCUCCAACCAAGUUAAACGUUUUCCUCGUGAAAUUGACGUCACACAGUGGAGAAGAGGAAUGUAUCAUCUCUCCAAAGAGCCAGAUGGUCUUGAUGCAGAGCGGCUUCAUAAUUUUCGAACAGUGUUCAUAGACCCAGGCAUCCGGUAUCUGGUCACUGCUGUAGACACUCUUGAGCCGCUCGAAACACCUAGCGAGAGCAGAGCACGUAUAUCAGCUGAAUAACAGAACAUACCAGUGAGUACUGCGUGCAGUAUAUUUACUUUUAGCAAGUAUGAGCGUGUGUCCGCGCUUUUUACAUCUGAUGCCAACAUGUUUGAUUUUGUACAUAACCCUUUUUUAGGUUCCAGUCCAUGUUCAAGUGGGCGCUCCAAAAGGAAAACAAAAAUCGAGCACGCUAUGCUCAUGUCGAGCGACAGGCUCAUCCGUAUCAAGAUAUCCCAGAGAUACAAGAGGUGUAUGAUAUGUUGAGAGGACAUCCGGCUUCAGCGCCUACCUCGGAAGGUUUCCGAAACUA